AUUAUUAUGAUAAACUUGCUUGUAAUGUAAUUUAUCCAAGAAGAGUACUAUUGUCGUUGGCUGCGAAAUUUCGUUGGUGGCUUCUGUAUUUUUAAAUUCUGGUUUCCUUGACCACGUUAUCAUCUAUAAUCAUUUGAAGGCUGACGCUUGGUUGGGCGAGGCACAAGUCUGGUAAAGUCUGGAGGGUGUGGAUAGAUGAGAACAUUGGCACUGAGAUGGUGAUUACUAUCAAGAAAUUGAACCCAGAAAAGACUAUGCAAACAUUUCAAGAAUCUCAGAGAGAGAGACAGAUGGAAAAAGGGAAAGUAGGUUUUUCGGUGAUGGCGUUGUUGGUCCUGCUAAGUCUGAUUUUGGGGUCUUCAGCUGCUACAAGUGAUGAUAGGCAGCAAAGGUGGAGAAAGGCAAUGCUAUCUGAAGAAAUGACGUCGUCAAUGAUGCUCAAUGGAGCUGAAUCAAUUGUUUUUCCACUUCACGGGAAUGUUUAUCCUGCUGGAUAUUAUAAUGUUACUCUAAAUAUAGGGAAACCAUCAAAGCCCUACUUUCUUGAUAUAGACACAGGAAGUGACCUCACAUGGCUCCAAUGUGAUGCUCCCUGUCGCCAAUGUACUGAGGCACCUCAUCCACUUUACAAACCCAGUAAUAACCUAGUAGUUUGCAAGGAUCCUCUCUGUGCAUCUUUGCAGCCACCAGAUGGCCGCCAAUGUGAAGACCCAAAGCAGUGUGAUUAUGAGGUUGAGUAUGCGGAUGGUGGAUCAUCCCUUGGUGUUCUUGUCAAGGAUGUCUUUCCUCUUAACUUCACAAAUGGAAAGCGGCUUAAUCCUCUUCUAGCCCUCGGGUGUGGAUAUGAUCAGCUUCCAGGUAGAUCUCCUCAUCCCUUGGAUGGAAUACUGGGCCUCGGCAGGGGAAUAUCUAGCAUUCCAUCGCAGCUUAGUAGCCAAGGUUUGGUGCAAAAUAUUGUUGGCCACUGUUUAAGUGGGCGUGGUGGAGGAUUUCUCUUCUUUGGAAAUCAGGAUACCUAUGAUUCUUCUCGAGUAGCUUGGACACCAAUGUCACGCGAUCUUUUGAAAUACUACUCACCUGGAUUGGGGGAAUUAAUAUUUGAUGAGAAAUCUACUGAGAUCAGAAAUUUACUUACAGUUCUUGACAGUGGAAGCUCUUUUACUUACAUGAAUUCGCAGGCAUAUCAAGAAUUAUUAUUUUUGUUGAAGAAAGAAUUAUCAGGAAAGCCCUUAGGUGAAACACCGGAUGAUCAAACACUGCCACUUUGUUGGAAAGGGAAGAAGCCUUUUAAAAGCAUUCAUGAUGUCAAGAAAUUCUUCAAGACCUUUGCGUUGAGCUUCACAAGCAAUGGGAGAAAGUUUGAAUUCCCCCCAGAAGCGUAUCUGAUCAUAUCAUCCGAGGGAAAUGCUUGCUUGGGAAUUCUAAAUGGUACAGAAGUAGGGCUGGGCGAUCUAAAUGUCAUUGGUGACAUAUCAAUGCAAGACAGAAUGGUGAUUUACAACAAUGAGAAGCAAGUGAUUGGGUGGGCCCCUGCAAAUUGUGAUCGGCUUCCCAAGCCCAAAAGGAAAUUUAUUUGGUAAUAAUGAUGAUCUCAUUAUCAUAAGGUAGCAUCACAGAAAUCUUCUGUGUAUCUUUAUAAAAAGUGCUGUGUUUAUGUUUGAUAUGACAAUAAGCUGUACAAGAGAGACACCCCAUAAUUAUAAUUGGGGAUAUAUGCAAUUUUUAAUUUACAAAAAUAUAAUGUAUUAAGGUGCACAAAUUUGCCAAGCACAUUUACAUAUAGUUAUUUUGGGGUCAGGAAUUGCCCAGAAUUGAAA